AUGAGCAAAGCGCAAACAGAUCUUGACUCAAGACUUGUUCCAAACCAAGAAGUGGAGAAGCCUUCGCAGACUUGUUCAAAGUCAACAAGGAUAGCAUCAGUCAAGACCAUCUCACAAUUGGCAAAGGAACAAAGCAAUAAUCACAACAAAGAAGACAUGAAGAAUCAUGAUCCGUUUCAAACUCUCUUCUUCCUAUCCACACUUGUACUGCUUUUUAUCUCCUCUGCAAAGGGAAAGUGUCCACCAUCCUUCGUUUGUGGGAACUUAGGGACCAUACGGUUCCCUUACACUGACACGAAACACCCUCAGUGUGGCUUGCUGGUGGUACAUGGUUGUGAGGACCGUGACCCAGAUGCGGUUAAAACAAUUAAGAACAAAGGACAGUGGUUUUACAUCACAAGUGAGGAAAACACAACCAACCUUUUGUUCAGAGAUGAUGACCUUCGCACCUACUUGCUGACAAGAAGAUGUGGGGUGUUCACGAAAAACUACACCAAAUUGGACACCACUUCCCCUUUCCUUUCACUUGACUUCACGACUGUUACUCUAUUCACAUGCAACAGCACCCUCAAUGUCACCCCUCCUUCUUCAGCAUUUUAUAAAUCUACAAUAUGCCCGAAUGAGGACAUCUUCUAUGGCAUAGUUGUUGAUAAGUCCCUCAGUUACGGUUCCAGCGAGUUUGAUUAUUCUUAUUUUGAACCGUGUUCAAUGGUUAGACUUCCAAUAAGAGAUGCAGGACUUGUACCUAACGAAAAUGGAAGCCUCUUUGACUAUGUAUCAGCUGAUAUUCCUGUCAAAACGGAGGUGUCUCCUGAUUGUUCUUCUUGUUACCAUCUUAGAGGAGGCCAGUGUCAACUUGACAGCCAAGGGAAGUUCUUGUGUGUACAAGGUACCUUGUUUAUAGAUGGAAAAAAGAAAACUAGUAGAAAGAUGAAGAUAGUGGUAGCAGCUACAUCAGCUGCUGGAGCACUGGGAAUUUUGAUGGUUUUGGCAUGCAUCUUAAGAAGAUACUAUUUUCAAAAUAAGAAUCCCACUUACUUGAUGAUUGAGAACUUUCUGAAGCAACAUGGACACCUUUCAGCCAAAAGGUACAGCUACUUGGAGGUAAAGAAAAUGACCAACUCCUUCAAAAAGAAAUUAGGCCAAGGAGGGUUUGGUAGUGUAUACAAAGGGAGGUUACAAAAUGGAAGUCGUGUGGCAGUGAAGGUUUUGAGUAAGUCAAAAGGUGAUGGAGAAGAAUUCAUCAACGAAGUUGCUAGUAUUAGCAUGACUUCUCAUGUUAACAUUGUCAGUUUACUGGGAUUUUGCUUGGAAGGGUCCAAAAGAUUUCUCAUAUAUGAGUACAUGCCCAAUGGAUCCCUUGAAAAGUUCAUAUAUGAAGAGAAAGAUCCUUUAAGGCUUAAACUCACAUUGAAGUGCAGAACAAUGUACAAUAUUGCCAUUGGUGUUGCUCGAGGACUGGAGUAUUUGCACAAGGGUUGUAACACCAAAAUCUUGCAUUUUGACAUAAAACCUCACAACAUACUGCUAGAUGAGUUGUUUUGCCCCAAAAUAUCAGAUUUUGGACUUGCUAAAAUAUGUCCUAGAGAACAAAGUAUUGUAUCAAUGAUGGUGGCAAGGGGAACCAUAGGAUACAUUGCUCCUGAAUUGUUCUGCAGAAACUUUGGUGGAGUGUCAAAUAAAUCAGAUGUCUACAGUUAUGGAAUGAUGGUCUUGGAAAUGCUUGGUGCUAGAGAGAAUAACAAUGGCAGAGUGGAUUUUUCAAGUGAAAAAUACUUUCCAGAUUGGAUUUACAACCACCUUGACUUAAAUCAAGAUCUCAAAUUUCGAUGUACCAAAAAUCAAAGUGAUGAAGAAAUGGUGAGAAAAAUGACAAUUGUAAGUUUGUGGUGCAUACAAACGGACCCUUCAAAUCGACCCCCAAUGAGUAAAGUGGUGGAAAUGAUGGAAGGAAGCAUUAGCUCGCUGCAAAUUCCCCCAAAACCUUUCCUUUCUUAG